UCGGUUGUCAACAUUCAAAAUGGAGCAGCCUCCUGUGUAGGUAAACGUCACCGUUGCUAUUGCGGAAUGGUACUUCCCCGCCUCUCGUUCGUUGACGAUAUCCACAAACAACAAAAAAAGGAAGGGUGAAGCAAAAUUGAAUGGGCAACGCAAAAUUCCAGCCCAGCAUAUUACCUCCAAACUUGUCGUGCGUGUCACUAGUGUUCUCUCGCGCAAACUAGCACUCUGCGACGGCGAAUCUACAAAUCGUCGUGAAAGUGUGCAAAUAAGAGGAAUAGAAACGAAACACAAACCAGCGGAUAGUACUCAGAGCUAAAAGAGAAACCAUCGCGGUAUUUGAAACAAAGCAAAUUGCGAUCGGAUCUUCUAGUAACAGUGGAACAGCAUCCGAAAGCUGGGCUUGUGUCCGCCUGUGCAUGAAACGCGGUUACUUCGGGUUGAUAUUUCAGCGAAUGAAAGGUUUUGAAAACGCUCGACAACGGUAAGGUAGGCGGCGGGCACAGCGGAGUUGCGUUGACAUUUAGCACAGUAAACAACGGCGGGUGGCUCGACCUACGCAAAGAGGGUUAAACAAAAAAAAACAGUGAAACAUUUGCACCUCUUCCAACUGUUCUCCCAGUAGUGCAGAUCAAGCUGGACAAUUUAGCCUAGUGAGGUAAUUAGUGCAUCUUAGAAGAAGUGUGGUCCAUAUUUUCAGUGAUGGUGAGCCAGUGAAAUAAUGGUCCUGGCUAGCGAAUAAUAAUUCAGGUCAGCUGGUACGCUGGUAAAAUGGUGUACGAAGAGGUGAAACAUAGUGCGUUUUUGUGUUUAUUGUAAUUGUAUCCCAAGUGUGUAGCUGAAGUGAGACAAAAAGCUGUUGUGUGAUCAAAAUUGAAGGGCAAAAGCAACGAUUCGGCUUACCCGUUAUUGCAUUUGCUAUUCCAGCCUGUCCCAUCUGUGCAAACAGCAGCAGCAGUGGUGCAAUGAAAUGUGAUAUCGUGCAGCACGAGUGGAUGAAUCGUGUCGUGCAUCAUCUUUGCUUCUUCUGCUGUGAUAAACGGUGAUCGUACGUGUGUGAUAAGCGUGCAGCGUGUAGUAGACCGGGCAGUCCCGUGAUGGAACCCAGCCCUGGCAGUAGUUCUACCGUGCCUGGCGUUGGUGGAACGGCGGUAGUAGUGAGUAGUGCUGGUGGUAGUGGAGCUGUAGUUGGUGGGGCCAGUGUGGUAACGCGACCCCCGAUUACAGCACUGUUUCGCGAAAUUCACAAAAACAGCUGGCUUCGGCGGUUGAACAACGACAGCAGGCGACCGUCCGUACUGACAAAGAAACCGGAUCGUUAUUGGGUUGUGUUCUGCGUCCACGAUGAUUGUGAAGCAUUCCUGGAGGGUUACAGUGAUCCACGGCAGGCUCCAUCGCACGCCCCAGAGUGGGCACUAUCGCUCCAAACCGUUCAGCAUGUCUCGCACGCCCUCGUAUCGAUUGAGCAGGAGUUCGAAUUUGUGAUAACACUCGGCAGCGAGGUGGCCCGCUUCAAUGCCAACACCUGGGAAUGUAUGCAGGAAUGGGUGGAAUGUUUGCGGUCGAAGCUACGCGAGAUGAAGCUGCUGUCGCCGAAAGAAAAUUUGUACUCGCGUCUACCCGAGGUGCGUCCACCAUUGGCACCGACGCGUGAUCCAACGUCUCCAUUACCGGCGACACCUCCCGUACCGGCCGCAAUCGUACCAGGCAUCGAGCGAGUUCAGCCAUCGUCGUUGGUGCAGCAGCAGCAGCAGCAUCACGGACACCAGUCGAGCUUAGGUGGUGUAAGCGGACAAGGGCAUUCGCUACACGUCGGACCAUCUGGUUCCGGCGGGGCAAGUGGUACGAUCGCGUCUAACACCGGCACUACAAGCUCUAUUUCUUCAUCAUCAUCAUCCGCAUCAUCCUCGUCGUCGUCGUCAUCAUCCUCGAACGCAUCAUCCUCAUCGGGAACCAGCUAUUCAUCAACGCUCACUUCCAUAUCAAACUGCCCGAACGGUGAACGCGGAAGCGUCACAGGCCCACCAGCCAUGUCCAACACGUCCACGCAGAAUCUCAUGAACCUGCUGUCGAACCCGCUACAAGCAGUGAGCAGUAUUAACGCACAAGCUAGUAAACCUCUGUCGGCUACCGCCACCGACAGCAUAUCGCUCGGAUCAUCCUCCUCGUUGGUCUCCGAAGAAGAACCGCCGGAGGAGCAGCUUAAAUGCAACAUAUCGGCAUCGCCGCCACGGGACUCACCACCAAGUUCCAGUUUGCCGAAACCGCAAAAAAUAAUCCACAGAGAUAGCGCGAGUCAUAAUGGUGCCGCUACUCAUCAUAAUCAUCAUCCGGCGGUGACACUCGCACCUGGCACAUCGACCUCCUCUCUGGCGACCACGUUCGUCACCAACGUGCUGGCCGAUCCAUCCGGAACGGCCGGACCUUCGUUGAAGCGCAGCAAUAUCGAUAAAAAGCUACUGCUUGAUGUACGGCAGAGUCCCGAACGAUCCACUACUGACUGUGAUGUUGGCAAUGCUUCCGACGCCAUCAAUGGUCACACCACCGAUGCGCUUCCCAACGAUGAGUCGUGGUCGAGGCAGCCGCAACAGAGCAGCGCACCUAGUGGCAACGGUCGCAACAGUAAUGGAACUGCAAUGUCCAAUGGUGGCGAAACGACAACAGCACCAACAGUACCGUCCCCAUCGAUGCUAACAAAAUCUGCCGCCAUCUGUAUCGGGUCACCAGCAUCCAGUGGAGCAAGGGUGGAACCGAAACGUUCCCGACGAAAGAUAUCUCCCGUCGCUAGUGCUUCGCCACGGUCACCCACGAUAGCGAAUGGGCAGGAUCAGGUAGCGAAUGUUACCAUCAUCCAGGUGUCAAACAGCACCAAUGCAACGACCCCUUCACCAACAAUCACCACAGCUUCUUCGCCGAAGCCCCCAGUGUCUCGUUUUCAUUUCCCGAAAGCAAAACCUUCGAUCAUCACCCCAAGCACCGUGCCGACCGGUGUGUCCACGAUUAUAACGGAUGACGCAGGACCCGGCAAUGAUCAGAACUAUAAGAGUAACGUGCAAAUCAUUCCGUCCAACGUGGAGUAUCCGCCAAAUGGAGAUCAACUCGUGCAACCGUCGAUCAUCGCGUCCAUAAAUGAACAGCAGAUCACAACGGUUACUGUACCGAACGUCUCGCAGUCGGUUCCGAUCAGCUCAACGGUGAUGUCAACGCCACGAAUACAACCAACUGCACCGGCAACCGUACAGGUCGCAGUGGCAACCUCGUCAACACCGAUCAAAGGACCGGAAAGUAAUUUCGGUACCGUGACACAGAUUGCCGUAAAUUCAUCAUCAUCAUCAUCGGAACAAUCGUCAUCCAAUAGUCAACAUUACGAGCAGGUUUUUCUAACCAGCUCCGUGCAGGUGACGUCUGGAAGCGUGCUAACGAACGCGAACUUUGAACAACCGUCGAUAGUAUCCGUCGCACCGAUUGUGUCGAAACCAACCGGGAAUAAAAGCAGCAAGGUGCUUCUGCUCAGCAGACAGUCACGCUCGUCUAGUCAUUCGGAUAUUCCACUUCCCGGGAGGUUAGCAAUAAAGGGUACCCGAACAAACGAGAUAGGGGGCAGUAAUGAUAAGGAAAAUCGUGUUCAACAUGAUAGUAUCAGUGGUACGGCUUCCACAUCCAAACAGGGAUCGGUUCCAGCUGCGAAUAAUGUAGUCGCUCCGGUUCAUCUUACCGGUGGAAGUCCUUCAAAACGACCGGCUGUAGAUCGAAACAUCUAUACACCACAUCCGCAGCGUACUGCUGCUGCUCCACUGCUCCAGCGAGGUUUAACCGAGCUGGUGUUAAGUACAAGACCUGCCGCUACCGCCGGUGCACUCGGGACGGAUCAAUCUGCAAUGGUUGGCCGUGGACGGCGAGCUCCGGUAGAGCAAAAAAUCCGAUCGGAACAUUUACCACCGGAACAACGGCGCCGCAGCUCAUCGACUUCCGACGCACGGCAGGAACAUGCCGCGCGUACAAAUGGAUCUGGCGGUGUCACCGGUGCAAAUGGACCGGUUGGACCCGGCUCAGGACGAUUGCAGUCUCCACCCCAACCGUUCCGUCCUCAUCAUCAGCUCCUAAACGUACCGGAGGGUAACCAGCAAGUGAACGGAGGUGUAGGGCAUGGUACGCCUAUCGGUGGUAUAGGCGGUAAUCGCAAGCUGACACUUCGUGAACAGCAAGUUUUUCAACUGCGUCGUGAAAUGAUGCAUCCAGGCGGUGUACGGCUACAGUUGCGUCGGAAGGACUGCAUCAAUUCCAUCGGGCUAGUGGAUGCGUUCGGUGCUGUUUGGGUGGCAGGCUGGAAACAAAAGGAACACCCAGUGCUGUACAAUGCGCUCCACAUCGGUGAUCAGAUGAUCAGUGUGGCCGGUGCUGCGAUCAUGUCCGCAGCCGAUGCACACAAAGCUAUCCGGGCAGCGCCGGGAUUGUUUGUUGAACUUAUUAUUCGUCGCGUUCCGUUUGGGCGUGUUUAUGCGAUUCGGCGCGAACUCGAUGGACAGUGCUUGGGACUGAUCCGCGACGGCAAUACAGCAACGAUCGUGGACGUUGUACCGAACAGUUUAGCUGCACGGCAUGGGUUGCCGCCGAAGGCAAAAUCUUGUGAUGGGUUAUCGUUAACAUUUUGGGUGUUGACGGAAAUCAACGGCAGGCCGUUAAAUCUAUUCUUUAAGGAGAACGAAAUACGCGAUCGUUUGAAUGUCGUCGGGCGAGAUAUAUCAAUAUUGGUACAACCAGCAGAUCUGGUUACGAAGCUGAAAAAGCAGCUCAAAUCUCUACGUGGCCACAAGGAUUUUAUUGUGCAAUAGGCAACUUCUAGCGACCAGAACAGAACCGAGGAUCAAAACAAUAGUAUUAAGCAGGGAAAUAUUAUCGUCCGUCUAGUGUCCGCCAAGAGAAAUAAGAAACUAUUGGGCAGAUUUGUAGAAAAAGGGCGAUUUUUUUAUACAAAUAGCAAGGGACUAGAAUUGUAACAUCCAAUAGAGACUCUUUUCUAAAAGUAAUUAAAAGUACUGUGUAAUGACUGUGCGGUAUAUGCUUAACACAUGUUACUACUGUUUCUACUACCAUAAUACUACUGACUCUUUUCCACUAUCCAUCAUGAACUCCAUCUAACACUAUUGGAUGUUCUUGCUACGAGGCAACCAUCAUGUACAUCACAACUAUGUACUACUUAUUACUAUUAUCGCGACUAAUGCAACAUAUUAUCGUAAAAGCAACUUGAACUGUGGAACUUAUAAGCGAGUCAUAUUGAAAUAACCUAACCAAUGUGUGAUGUUUCUUCGUACGGAGGUAAGAAGUGCACAGGCAUAAGUGAAUCGCAAACGGGAAAAGAAUGUGCAAAAUUUUCCUCUCCAGUAAACGAUUAGUGCAAAUUUUGUGAGCUAGAACUUAUACGACAUUUACGUAGAAAACCUGCGGGUUACAUUGAUGGGGUGGUUUUCCGUAUCGAAUGAGCCACACAUAGCACGAAUUUUGAAAAAAACUGUAUUUAUUUUUAUGCUUGAGAUGAUAAUUAUGCCGCGGGCAAUGUAGCAAAAUUUAGAUGAAGAACUUUGUUUUGCAAUAGUAAAACGCAUAUAUUCGAUAGAAUAUACUAGUGAAAUUUGUUUGAGUUCUUGAACGUCAGCAAACACAACACUUGCUGUUCCUCUAACCUAAAUAUUUCUCGGUGCUCAUUCGCUCGGAACCACUCCGGAGGGUAGGGAAAAUUUAGUAUAUAAUAAUAAUAAUCACUCAACUGCAACAAAGGAAAGUAAACAAAAAAGGCUGUAAAACUGGCACAACUUUGUGUGAAACCUAGCUACUUUCUGCUCGCCAAUAUAUUCUGAGAGCCGAGAUAAAAAAAAUAAUCGGAGUUGUGUACACUAGUAGGAACAAAAAAGUCGAAUCUCUUUUAACGUACCACGGUAACUUUUCUUAAAAGGCUGAAACAAAGGGUAAACGUAUACAUAUGCUUAUGCGCAUUUUGCGAUGAUAGUUUUGAUAUGAAAUAUUAGACAAAAAGAUAAACAGAAGCUAAACUAAAAAGCACAUGUAACCUCACCGUUGAUGAAAAACACGACAACGGUACUAGUUAAGGGAUAGGAAGGUAAUUUUCCUAAUCUUUUUGGCCUGACCAACAGGAAUUUUUCGAUGCGGUAGAACAUUCUUUAGAACAUUUUUACAAAAAAAAACAAAACAAGUGAUUCUUGAUAUAAGAUUUUAGUGACGAGUGUGUGCUCAUAUAGUCGUGUUGUAGUGUUGAAAUUAGCGUGUUCGGUUCGUAUAAACGCGUAUAAAUACAAAACCAGACUCAAAAA